ACAGUCGCGGAAGGCAACAACGGGAUCGCGGCGUACCGAGACCAGAAAUUCCCAUCUUUCUUCUCCUUCCGCUCGGCUCCUACCUGAAGGAAUUGGUUAUUGAAUUGACUCCGCUGAAUGUGACCUGGUAAUUGAGAUCUUCAAGUACCGAUUUAGGAACAUCUCCAAUUUUAACGCAGCAUGAAGUGGCUCCAGUAUCUACAAUUGCUCGAAGUUUGAAUCUUUCUGUUCCUGUAAGGGUUGAACAUUAUUAUCCAAAUAUGGAUGGAGGGCUAGCUAACUUUAAGAAAUGGAAUAUAAUCUAUCCUAUCUACAUAAAUUCAAAGAAGACUAUAGCUGAGGGGCGGAGGAUCGGUGCUUCCAAGGCAUGCGAAAAUCCCACAUGCCUUGAGAUUGGAGACUGUUGUAAACACCUCAAAAUUCCUUGUGCUAUUGAGCUUGAUAAGGCGUACCCUCGAGAUUUCAUGCAGCGGGGUCGAGUUAGGGUUUUGCUGAAAAGGGAAGAUGGAUCUCUUUACAACCCUGCAAUUCAUUCAAAGAAGCACCUGAUGCUUCAGGUGGCUGAGUUGGUGCCUCGGCAUCCUGGGAGAGUGAAGAAGCAGGAGCCUGCAAGUACAGCCACUGCUGCUGGGACUUCAAAAUCAGGAAAGGGUGGGAAGAAGAAGAAGAAAUGAACAAUGUAUGUUUAAAGUCAAGCCUAGUUUU